AUGACUCAAAUUGUAUCCGUCCCAUCCAUUGCUAAAUCGAAAUAUAGUAGUGAUCCGUUAAAAAAUGAUUGGAAUGAUUUUCAGCAUAUUGCAACACAAGCUCGUUAUGUAGCACCAAAAACAUUGUCUGAACUGAAAAAUCAACAAUUUAAAUUAUCAUCUGUUAAAAAACAAUUAUUUAAUCCUAAACUACCAUCGCUGCGACGUAUGGAACGUGAUGAUGUCCUAUGUCGUCUCGCAGAUGAACAUUGUCGUCAUACAACCUCAAUAACUGAAGAGCUAUUCGAAAAUUUUGAUCCAACUAGAGAUGAUGCAUAUGUUGAGUUAUUUGGAUUAAAUUGGCAUGAUACAGGUAAAUCAUUGAUGGAUUCAAAUGAUUUACCACAAUUACAACAAGACGCACUACCAGUGUUCGGUGCUAGACUUCGACCAGACAAGUCGCAAAUAGAAUCACGCCCAAUUCUAAGUAAACUUUAUCGAAGUCCAUCGAUGUCAUGUUUAACACCUUCGGGCACAUUAACAAAACCAGUUAAAUAUAGUUAUCGUAACUAUGGUAGUGGUACGUUUGAUCUAACUACUAAAAAUACCAUGUGGCCAAGAUUUCAUAUGAAUACGAAAAAUUCAUUUGAUUCAAUCAAUCGAAUGCCUUUACCCAGUUCAAUGCAGGGGAUUUUCCGCUCCGCAAGUAUGAAUGCUACUGUUUCAACUGCUCCUUGGAAACCAUCAGGUCCUAUUGGCUGUAUGAAUAAUUCAAAAAUGGCAGAAGUUUAA